AUGUAAAGUGAGAGAAUUAAAUAAAAAAAGAAGGUGAAGCAUUAUGAAUUUCUUUAUGACGCAAAAAUUGGUUCAGGUGCUUAUGCCAAUGUUUACAUGGCCAGAGACACUACUAAUGAUCAGAGUAAUAUUUACAAUUAAUUUACUAGCUGUGGCUAUUAAAAUUAUAAGUAACAAUCUUAUUAAAAGCGAUUACACUUCUUAAUAAAUAAACUAAGAGGUGGAGAUAAUGAAAUCACUCAAUCAUUAGAAUAUAGUGAAAUUAUUGGAUGUAUUUCAUAGCACAAACAAUAUUUAUAUAGUGACAGAGUAUUGUAAUGGAGGGGACUUGAAGGCCUAUUUGAUACCCCGUCAACUAUCGGAAGACAGAGCCAUGGAAAUAUUUAAACAAAUUUUAAAUGGAUUAUAAGAAUUGCUUAGAAAUGGUAUAGUGCAUAGGGACUUGAAACCAGCCAACAUUCUCUUAUAGGAUGGGGUAUUCAAGAUAACUGACUUCGGAUUUGCAAAGAGAGUCUAAGUGGAUUCAACGAUGUCAUCUUUGGUUGGAACACCACUUUAUAUGGCCCCUUAGAUUUUAAGAAGAUUGCCUUACACAAGCAAAUCUGACAUAUGGUCACUGGGCCUUAUAUUAUAUGAAAUGAUAUAUAGGACGACUCCAUGGCAUUCUUCGAAUGUUGUUGAAUUGCUAAAUCGUUUAGACAAUGAAACUCUGAAGUUUCCUCUCUUGCCAAAGAUUGAUAUAAGAACGAAGCAAAUUUUGAUUGGUUGUUUGGGAAAAGAAGAGAAGGACAGAUGGGGUUGGGAUUAGCUAUUUCAGACAAUAUUGGGAUGUUAACAGUAGAAGAUAGAUUUAAAGGGUUUGCCGACAGGUGUAAAGAAAACACAAAUGCAGAAGCAAUACUCAUAGUAAAAUUUGGCAGAGCAUUGCAAGACUACUAGCACUUAAGCAUCUCCUAUUAGGUCAAUAAGCACAAAUAGAUUGAAAACUGGAACAAAUGAAAGCAAUGUUAUGACUGAGCUAAUCAAAAAGAAAUAGUUUUUGUAUAAGAUAUUUGAUUUAAUGGAGAGACAACUGGAGAAAUUGGAGAGUUUGAAAUUAGAUUAAUGCAAAUAAUAUUUGUAAGGGUAGAGAUCGAGAUUGGUAUGUGCUAAUAUUGAAUAAAUUUAUAAUAAGGAUGAUGAAAGAGAAUUAAUUUAAUAGUAAAAGAUAUUAUAAUAAUAUUCAACAAAUUUUGGUGUAUAAAUUAUGAUUUUACUAUUUAAAACUUAUCGUAAGAUUAUGAUUAGCAAUUAUCAGAGUGGAUCACUAGUUUUUGAUAAUGCCGAUAAACAAGCGAUUGAAAAUUGUUCAGUGUUAAUAUAAAAUUAAUUCAAUGUCAAGUGA